AUGGCAGAAAAUCCAAUGGAGAAAAGGUCACGUCGUGGAUUGUUCGGUUUUGUGUUUGGUAGACGUGGCUUGUGGUCCAAGAAAUGUAACACAGACAAUGGUAACAAAACCACAAUGCGUAGCAGCAACGCCUCCGCGCCUUGCACCUCUAAUAUUCAGUUCACAAAAUCUCCUUGUAACGAAACAAACCCCAAAAAGCUUCAAGAACACAAAGUUUCACCUGAACCGAUCCAAAACCAGAACCAAACACAAAUACAAAGACCUAUUUCAAAACCCUCAUCGAAUCCAGGACCAGUCCAACAACAAGCGAGGAAAGUGGUGCCUAGAGAAUCCAUCGGUUUAUCAGGUGAGCUUGAGAGUAUGAUAAUGGACAAUCAAAAAGCUAAAGGGAUGAUGUUUGGUAACCUUGGGAACUUGAAGCAGCAAGGAACAACAGCUUUUGGGAACCAAACCACUGUUCAAAACAAUGGUUACGGUAGGAAGACAAUGGAAGAUGAAAGACGAACAACAUCGGUUUCAAAUAAUCAGGACCAGUCUGGUUCUUUGUGUAGGGCGAUAUCAACGAGAAUGGAUCCAGAAACGUUAAAGAUAAUGGGGAAUGAAGAUUACAAGAAUGGGAACUUUGUAGAGGCUUUAGCAUUGUAUGAUGCUGCGAUAGCUAUCGAUCCGAAAAAGGCUGCGUAUCGUAGCAACAAAAGCGCAGCGUUGACAGCAUUGGGGAGAAUCCUUGAAGCUGUGUUUGAGUGUAGAGAAGCAAUCAGAAUGGAGCCUCAUUACCAUAGAGCUCAUCAUCGGUUAGCUAACUUGUACCUCAGGUUAGGAGAGGUGGAGAAUUCAAUAUAUCAUAUCAAACGUUCGGGUCCAGAGGCAGACCAAGAAGACAUUAUGAAGGCUAAAACGGUGCAGAUGCAUCUCAACAAAUGCACAGAUGCCAAAAGAUUGCGAGAUUGGAACAGUCUGAUUAAAGAAACGAGAAACACCAUAGCUUCAGGGGCUGAUGCAGCUCCUCAAGUAUAUGCAUUGCAAGCAGAGGCGUUCUUGAAGAGUUACAGACAUCAAGAGGCUGAUGAUGUUUUGUCUAGAUGUCCAGUUUUUGAUGUGGAAAUGAACACAAAAUAUUACGGACCCAUCGGUUAUGCCGGUUUCUUGGUCGUUUGGGCUCAGGUUCACAUGUCUUCUGGCAGAUUCCAAGAAGCGGUUGAAGCGAUUCAACUAGCAAACAAGCUAGACAGGAACAACAGGGAAGUAAGUAUGGUUCUCCGGCGUGUACAUGCCAUUACCACGGCACGGUCCAAAGGCAACGAUUUCUUCAAAGCAGGACGGUUUCAAGAAGCUAGUGCAGCUUAUGGGGAAGGAUUAGACCAUGACUCAAGAAACUCAGUUUUGCUAUGUAACCGAGCAGCUUGUCUAUUCAAAAUGGGCCAGUUUCAUAGAGCCGUGGAAGAUUCGACGGCAGCACUUACAGUCCGUCCUGCCUACGCUAAGGCUAGGCUUAGAAGAGCAGACUCUAACGCUAAGCUUGGGAACUGGGAGUUAGCUGUUGGGGACUACGAGAUAUUGAGAAAAGAGACACCUGAAGAUGACCAAGUGAUCAGAGGAUUGAUGGAGGCUCAGAAUCAUCUCGUGAAACGUCGUGGACGUGAGAAUCUUUAA